AAAUAAUUCGAGAAAGUGGGAAAAUGUGUGUGGGGGAAGGAAAAAAAAGAGGGGAAGAUCAGGAGGAGUUGAAAUGCAGACAUUAGAAGCAGAUUGAGGCUGUUGUUAUUGCUGCACUCGGCUGUGUGAGGGAAUCACUCGUUUGAUCACAUGCAGUUUAGCUGAAGUCGGUUUUUAAGCGCUUUUUAAUCCCGAUUUUAACCGUCUUUGCGGUGCGGCAAGUCGAAAUAGUGCGCAUUUUGGUCUUGCUGUACGUAUCGAUGCCAAGUUGAAUCUCUCACGCCCACCCGGAGUAGAGAUGCGUCUCUACACGCGGGCGCCGCUGUCAACAAAACACCUCCUGCUAAAACACAAACUGUUCGCGAACGCCCCACGGAAGCUCAAACUGCCUCACAAAUUUCGUUCCGUGCAGGAAUAACGCGUGGAAACCGACCGCACGAAGGCAGCCGCUUUGAACUUUGCGCACAUGUUUAGUUGGAUGUGGACAGUUGCAGCGACGCGGCCGUGGAAUAACAAAGAAUGUUUGGCUUUCAUAAGCCCAAAAUGUACCGGAGUUUGGACGGCUGCUGCAUCUGUCGGGCCAAGUCCUCCAGCUCCCGUUUCACAGACAGCAAGCGGUACGAGAAGGACUUCAGGAGCUGUUUUGGGUUGAGUGAAACCAGAUCAGGAGAAAUCUGUAACGCCUGCGUCCUCCUUGUGAAGCGAUGGAAAAAGCUUCCAGUGGGAACCAAGAAAAACUGGAACCAUGUUGUUGAUGCCAGAGGAGGCCCCAGCCUAAAGAUAACCUCCAGGCCCAAGAAAAUCAAAACCAUCUCCAAGAAAGCUCGGCCGAGCCAGAUCAGCAGGCUGCAGAAGGAGCUGAAGAGAAACACACGCUCCUGUGCUUUGUUCUGCUCUCCAGACUCAGAUGCCCACAGCACAACCUCCAGUGCCUCUCCAGCUCAGUCUCCCAGCUACAGCAACCUGUCGGACGACGGCUCCGACACCGAGCUGAGCCCCGGGUCCAGCCGCUCCCCAGUCUUCUCCUUCCUGGACCUCACUUACUGGAAGAGGCAAAAGGUGUGCUGUGGAAUAAUAUACAAGGGCCGCUUUGGGGAGGUGCUCAUCGACCCCCAUUUGUUCAAGCCCUGCUGCCGCAACAAGCAGCGGCAGCAGCAGCAGCAGCAGCAGCAACAAGAGGAGGAGGAAGACGAGGAGGAGGAGGAAGAGGAGGAGGAAGAGGUCGAGGUAGAGGAGGGUCAAGUGGGGGUGGAUAAAUCCCACGUGGAGGAAGAGGUGGUUAAGGAGACGCCUACGGGUGAGGAAAAUGCAGAGCCUGCUGAGCUAUGUGUGACAGCACCUCCAGCCAGGGGUGGGGAGGUGAUGGAGGAAGGCUGGUGAAGCAAAGAACCCUUUUUUUUUCUCCUUCCUUUGGCGACGUUCUGGAGAAAUCUCGGGAUGGAUUUUGUUUGAAAGAAUUUUGUUUAAUUCCCCCCCCCGCCCCCGAGCACUUACAGAAAGUAGUUGCCUCAGAUUGCCUUCAGUCAAAAAAGCAGCUAAAACAUCUUUGGUUUUCUCCAUGAUAACGCUGGAGGAUUGUUCAUUAUUAUGGUUGAACUGUAACUUAUGGACUUCUAUGUUCUUUCUGUAUUUUUUGUUGUUGUUGUUGUUGUUGUAUUUGAUAUUUUUUAACCAUGCUGAUGAUGGACCAUCAUCUGUGGUAUUACUGAUCUACUUUAGAUGAAAUGCUGGAGCUCUAGUUUGCUGGUACUUUUUGCAGAUUUUAUUCCAAAACACAAUACAGCCGCUUCUUGACAGAAAAAAAAGGUGCUACUUGAAAUUCAUGACUCAAUAUUUCAAACAUCUGAACCCAUUCUCACUGUGGAUAUCUUCUAAGCUAACAUAUUUAUGCCUGAUACAGGUGCAUCUCAAUGAGCUAGAAUAUCAGCAAAAAGCUAAUUUUUUUCAGCAGAUGAAUUCAGAAUAUUAUUAUUUUAAUUUUCAAGAUUAUGGCUUUCAGAUUAUGAGAACCCUCAAUUUAGGUUUGCAAAAAAUAAAAUAUUUCAUAAGACCAAUAAAAACUUAUGUAUGUAGAGUAUUUGCACUCAGUAUCUGCUUGGGGUUCCUCUUCCUUAAAUUACUGCAAUAAUGUCACUUAUCUUCUUCUUUUUUGUUUUUCUUUUCCCCUUUUCUUCCAGGCACCUUAAUUUUUAAAAUCCAAAAUCAACUUUUUUACAAUAUGAACAGUCGAGUCUGAAGAAACUCUAAAACUGAAUGUUUUUUAAACCCUUGAAUAAGAUUCAUCUCACAAUUCUCUCAAAGCUGCAGUUAUUUAUUUUUUUAUCAUUUUCAACUACAUGUUUUUCUUCCACUAAACUUUUAGUUGGUAUUUCUUUUGUAAAGACUUUUGGUGAUUUGCCUACCUCAUGUGGGAACUCUAACUAUCUGCUGGAUAGUCCGCAGUUUUAGGAUUGUGCAUGCCAAAGCACAACAUUUCUCUAUUUAUCAUCCAUGCUUUAUUUAUUGGUCUUAUCAGAUUUUUUGAGAGACAUAAUUUUGGGUUUUCAUUUGCUGCAAGCCAUAAUCUUCAGGAUUAACAGAAAUAUAUGGAAUCAACCAAUGUAUAAGUUUUCCUUUUUGGACUGAAUUACAAAAAUAAAUGAACUUUUUGAUGAUAUUAUAAUUUAUGAAGCUACACCUGCAUAGUGAUAGUCUUUUAUUUAUAAAAAGUAUACCUUCCUGUUUUUAUCUUUGGAAGUUGCUUUGGAGCGAUUGAUACUUUACACUGACGCAGCACAGACAUGUACAGCGGCCCCUGUGUUUCUCUCUCUUUCACAAUGAUGUCCCCUCCUAUCAGAGGUUUUUCUGUGUGUAUUUGUUAGAACGUCUGUGUGCAAAUGUUAAUCCAUUUAAAUAAGGCCUAUUCACAAUCUCAACAGCAAGUACACCAGCCUUAAUUGUGUGUCACAGACAGUGCUAGUGUUAAUCCUGGAUUGGUAUUAAAGAACAAAACGAAAAGGGAUAGUAGCUAUAUUUAUUGUGGCCUCAGCAACACACAGUGCAUUCUGCAUGAAUGGCAAGCUCACUCACCCAAGAGACCUGAAAUACCCUGAUGCAUGAGUCUUGGAAAUUUUAGCAUGGCCUUACAGAAACUGGAAAUCUUGCUUUUUCUUGUUUUUGUUUUUUGAUCUGUUUCUCUGAAGUUGUAACUUAUUUUUGUAUGUAAAGAAAAGACAUGGGGAAAGGGAGAAAUCGUGUCUUUGCAUAAUAAUAUCUCACCAAACAACAGCAAAACACAAAAUGAUCACUUUAUAGUCAUUCAGCAAUACCAAUAUCAGUAAUCUCUGUCAUUCCUGGGUCAGUUUAUGGUAAAAGUCUUUAUACAAGCAGAAAUUCUAUACCAUUGCCUCUAAUAUACCACAAAUGUGUUGUGAUGUAUAGCCUGAUAAUACUUUAUUUAUCAAUCGAAAGCCAAAGCACAUUGAAAUUCACCCAAUGUCAAAUCAAUGCAGGUUUUCUAUGGACACUUGUGCUUGUCCGGGCCAUUUGUAUGUAUCUCUAUGGUAUUCUUAAAAACACAAAAAAACAAAACAAAAAAAACCAACAAAAAAACAA